GAUCCAAAAACGAACAGAAAAUUAGGUGAAAAAUCAAAUACGUCAAUGUCCUCUAUAGAGAACAAUAAUCGGGAAGAACUUAGUCAGUCUGUGAAAAAAGAACAUAAAGAACUUAGUCAGCCUGUGAAAAAAGAACAUAAAGAAUCAGCUAAUUUGAUGGAUACCAAUGGUCAGUGUGAACCUAUGUUAUCACUUGAUACACCGGUACCAGUAAGGGUAAGGGCUGACCAUCAAUGGUGUGGGCGAUUGUAUAAGAACAUGCCUGCAGAAUACGAUUGUAGAGAGAGACUUGUCAGUGAGAUAUCUCUUAAUAUGAUGGUUUUAUAUAAAAAGGACCGACAAUUCUUGCAAGAAAUACGGCAAACGGAUAGGCUCGUGAUUGAACAUGUUCAACUACAAAAACGACUUGGUAAAAUAAUUGAGCAUGAUGCGGCGGAUUAUGGAAAAGAAUCAGGAAAUGAACCAUUUUACGCUAUAUACUUG